AAGGGGGCCAAGUCGACUGCAGCUCAGAGCCACAUGGGGUGGUAUAUGACUGCUUCAAGUUACACUGAGCUCCGUCUGGUUUCCCUUCCACUGCACACUUCCGCACAGUCGGCCCACCGCAGUCAACCAGCCGUCAGCGGAGGGGCUUUUUGAGUAUGGAGCUCUCCGCGACCGGGGACCGUGUGUUCGCCGCGGAGGCCAUACUGAAGCGUCGCGUUCGGAAGGGACAUAUUGAAUAUCUUGUGAAGUGGAAGGGAUGGGCGAUAAAACACAGCACUUGGGAACCGGAGGAGAACAUCCUGGAUGACCGGCUCGUCACCGCCUAUGAGCAGAAAGAGCGGGAACAGGAGAUGUACGGGCCGAAGAAACGAGGGCCCAAACCCAAGACGUUACUGCUGAAGGCUCGUGCUCAGGCAGGUGCUGGUCCAUCCCGCAUCCUUCCGCUCCGACAGCAGCAGCAGCAGCCUCCAAAAUCUUCCCCGGGCCCCCAACCCGGGCGCCCCCCCAUCCACCCCUCGCCCUCGUCCUCCUUUCCUUCCUCCUCCUCCUCUUCCUCCUCCCUGUCCAAUGCCAAGCUCCAGUCCGGUGCGGCCCAGCACAAGCUGAAGAAGGACAUCCACCGCUGCCACCGCAUGGCUCGCCGGCCCCUGUCCCGCCCCGACCUGCUCUCUCAGCCAAUGGGAUCCUCCGCUCCCCUCUCCUCCCGCCCCCCCUCCUUCUCCGAGACGGUGCGCAUCCUCAACCGCAAGGUGAAGCCCAGGGAGGUCAAGCGAGGUCGCAUCAUCCUCAACCUCAAGGGCGUCGACAAGCCGGGGAGCGCUAGCAAGGCCCCCUCGGCCAAUCAGAGGACUCCGAUGCAGCCCCCGCCGCUGCUGCAGCAGCAGCCCAACGCGGCCCACCAACGCCCUCGUCGCACGCUGGCCGGCGGGGGUUCUGUCUCAUGGAACCGGUCGCGGGCCGGAACCGCAGGCUCAAGGCCGGUUCGCACCGGGGCUCCAGACGCCGCUGAAGGUACCCACCUUCCCCCUGCCCCCCAGGAGGACUCUGGGAGCCCAGCAGGCCGGCGCCAGCGCCCGACGGCCCACCCUCCGUCAGGGCGGGACCGGGCAUCGGCGCAGCCUGCCCCAAAUAAGCCUCCGCCCUGCUCCUCGUCCUCGUCGGACGCCGGUGUCCAGAUCCUGGACCUGUCUCUGACGCACGACCACGACGCGCCGGCCGGCAGGAGUCGCCACAACGACGACCUCCACCAUCGCCGGCGCUGCCAGAACGACUUCUCCUCGGAGCCGCAUCGCCGCGGCAACGCGUCUGGGGAGGACGGUGACCCGGACUGGCACCCGGAGAUGACGGUGCGCUGCGCCAACGUGGUGGUCACGGACGUCACCACCAACCUGCUCACCGUCACCAUCAAAGAGUUCCGCCCGCCGCCGCCCGGCAACGCCGCGGCAACCAGCCCCACGGCAACCAGCCCCAUGCCGUCGCCACAGCAAGCCAUACUGCCCCCGCAGGCCAAGCCCUGAAACUGCACUGAAACUACACACACACACACACACACUAGGGGUG